GUGACCUUUCCUUACUCCGCGCUGAGGCGUCAGCUGUGUGCGUGCAUCUGUGACUGUGUACGUGUGUGUGUUAUUGAUCUCUAAUCCAUUGAAGUCUUGUGUUUAUCGAUUGGUGCUGGGACUGUAACACGUCGAACAAAAAUGGUCUGAAGAAAGAGAAGGUAGAGAGGGGCAGGGAUGGCGGUGUGUGCUCUUACCGUGCUAGAUAGGCUUGGUGAGGAGGCCACGGCUCUGGGCGGUCUGAUCGUCCUGCUUCUGGCCGUGGUUCUCGCCUGGCUGUCCACCCACGUGGCCGACCGCGGAGAUCACAUUCUGGGAACCAUUCUCACCGUAGGUGCCCAUGCCUCUCUUAUCGGCCUCGGGGGUCACGACAGCUAUACGAGCCCCCCUGCCAGCUCAGAGUCCAGUGAGCAGCAAGACGAGGAGCCCGCGGAGGAGGAGAAACAGGAAGAGGGUGAAGCCAGACAGGAAGGGGGAGAAGACGUGCCUGGGGAAGAGCUGCUGGACAUUCAGGGUGGAAGGAAGAAAGUGAGUUUUGUUCAGAGUGAUGAAAAGGAGGAGAGGAAAGAGGAAGGGAUGGAAGAGGAAGACGAAGACGAGGCCACCAGUAUCACAGUGAGACUGAAGUUCCUAAAUGACACGGAGGAGCUCGCUGUGCUCAGACCUCAUGACACGGUUGGACUACUAAAGAGUAAGUACUUCUCUGGCCGUGAACAGCAGAUAAAGCUCAUCUACCAGGGUCAGCUCCUUCAGGACCCCCAGCGCUCUCUCCUGUCUCUGAACAUCACCCACAACAGCGUGCUCCAUUGUCACGUCUCCCAAGCCCAGACGCUCCACGAGGCCACCCCAGAAGAGAACCCCCGAACCGGGGGGAGCUCUGUGUUUGGCGGGGGCCUGCGAUCGGCCGGAAUGGCUCUCAGCACAGGAAGUCUGGUGGUCCCCGUGUUUGUGGUCCUGCUCGCGGUGGUCUGGUACUUCCGAAUCAAUUAUCGGCAGCUCUUUACCGCGCCAGCCACCAUCUCUCUGGUCGGAGUCACGGUCUUCUUCAGUUUUCUCAUCUUUGGCAUGCACAGUCGAUGAUUAAAGUAUCUGUCAGUCAGAGAAUUAUGAUGCCAAUACAAGAGAAGUAUUGAGGUGCGAGAAACUUCAGAAGAGUGACAAGUUCUCAGGGAGCCUUUGAGGCUUCUGGUGCCAUUCAGAUGAUUGAAGUCGGUUGUGUGUGUGCUUUCAGCUUAAUUCAUGACUGUCCACGAUGUAGCAUUGCUGUAUAAUUUAGCUUCAUGGUAAAAAGCUUAUAUAAUUAUUUAAUCUCAGCUGAAGCUAUAGCUUCUCUGUGUAAAGAGAAAUCAAGAUUGCAUGUUUGACUGGACUUCAUUUAAUGAAAAUGCAGUUUUUAAUCAGUUGUUCUGGUUUGUCUUCACAAGUGAUGACAGCGCUGUCUUACAUAGUUGACAGAUGAUGUACUUGUGUUAGGAGAUGAGUUUUAUUUCUUUGAUUUUUGCAAAUGAAGGAUGUUUGGUAGCUGACAUCUGUAUUUAUUUUUAACAUGUCCAACCUGGCUUGGCACGUCAGCUGCACCUGUUACAGCUCACAUUCUUUCAUUUAGGACAUAGUUUUAUACUGUAUAAAGCUAGAAACACAAGA